AUGUGGCGACGAACAUAUUUAUUGUUAUUGUUGAUUCGCGUGUACUUCGCGCUGUCACCCAGCUAUCUGCACCCGGAUGAGAACUUUCAAGGCCCAGAGGUCUUCGCAGGUCGCAUAUUCUCAUACCCUUCAAAAUUACCAUGGGAAUUCACUGUGGAAAAUCCCAUCCGAAGUGUAUUCCCAUUAUGGGCGACCUAUGAGCUGCCGAUGAGCCUCUUGCAAUGGUUCUAUAAUGAGAUCGGGUCGGGCAGCCCACCACCACAACUAGUCUACUAUGCGCUGCGUGGUGGGAUGUUCCUAUUGAGCUUUGUACUGGAAGACUGGGCGAUCUACGAGCUGGAACCUUCCCCGCGUCACCGACGCGCGAAGGUGGUGCUGGUGGCCUCGUCGUAUGUCACCUGGACAUAUCAGACGCACACCUUCUCCAACUCCCUCGAGACCCUGUUGGUUGCCUGGGGACUGGUUCUGAUUCGGCGCAUUGUCGAGAAUAAGCGACGCUCGUCCAUCUUCUCCCAUGCCGUCCUCGCCUUCAUCGCCGUGGUGGGCGUCUUCAACCGCAUCACCUUUCCAGCCUUCCUCCUCGUCCCAGGCCUACAAUUGCUACCCUAUUUCAAGCGCAAACCAAGCUCCCUCGCAGCUUUUGUCACCUUCGGCCUCCUGUUCUCCACAAUAGCAAUAAUCACAGACACAACCUUCUACCAGCCAACCACCACAUUCCUCAAGGCCCUCCGCAACCCAAUAAUCACCCCGCUCAACAACCUCCGCUACAACAGCAACACCCAAAACCUAGCCCAGCACGGCCUCCACCCCCACCACCAACACCUAACCGCCAACCUCCUCCAACUGCUCGGCCCAGCCUACAUCGCCAUGCUUCUCUCCCUCUUCAGCUGGCCCCUAGUCCCAAACUGGAUGCGCAACAUGCGUGCCCUCUCCGCCCUCUCCGCAACAGCCCUCCUCUCCCUCUUCCCCCACCAAGAACCCCGCUUCCUACUCCCCUGCGUCCCCCUCCUCCUCAGCUGCAUCAAGAUCAAACGCCCCAUCCUCCUAACAACCUGGAUCCUCUUCAACGCCGCAAUGGGUUUCCUAAUGGGCGUCUACCACCAAGGUGGCGUUGUCCCCACCCAGCUCGCCCUCCCCAAUCUCAUCCUAGCCCCAGCAACCGUCUUUUGGUGGAAAACUUACUCCCCGCCCCUCUGGCUUCUGGGCAAGAAUGACCCCCAAAUCACAACUCACGACCUGAUGGGCUUGCCCGGCGCAGAGAUGAUCGCCCAGCUGGAACAAUCCGUGCCUGGAUGCGAGAGCCCGUCGUCCAUUUUCCUGGUCGCGCCUACUUCGGCUGAGUUCCUCGACUCGUAUGCCUUUGAUCGUGCUCGUGAUACGAGUCUGCAGCUCCAUCCGCUAUGGUCCUAUCGUAAUCAUCUCAACCUUGACGAUUUGGAUUUCGGCGAAGAUGGAAUCCUCCCCACGCUGAAGCGCGUUGUUGGUCGCCGUGGGUUGGGUGUGUGGGCUGUUCAGCGGUCUUGCAAAUAG